AUGGCACUAGGUAGAAGCAUGAGCAGCAGUGGCGCCGUUGCUCUUGGGUUGGUGCUAACCCUGUGCUUCGCAACCAGUGGUUUUAGCAAGACGGAGUGGAUAGUCGGAGGUUGGAAGGGAUGGACCUUUGGUGUUCAUGGCUGGGAGAGGAACAAGACCUUCUACCCUGGUGACGUGCUUGUGUUCAAGUAUAAUCCCAAGAUGCAUAACGUGGUGGUGGUGAAUAAAGAUGAGGAGUUCCUCUGCAGGGCCGGUGCUGUCGGGGACGAUACAUAUACCUCUGGCUACGACAAGCUCGAGCUCGGUAGCCAAGGCCCGAUGUACGCCAUCAGCAGCAAACCUGGAGACUGUGAGGGUGGAAUGAAGCUUGAAGUUCACAUCACAACGCGUAGAUGA